GCAGAGAAGAACAGAACAGAAACAAAACAAAACGAGGCAAGGCUGUGUGGAACCCAACCGUCAGACAACGUACUCGUCAUCGCGCCUUGCUACCCAUCGCUUUUCACCGCCUUGAUCUCUCUUGUCCAGACUUUCAAACCUUGCAUCAAACUUCCAUCUGAAGAUAAGAGUAUGGACACCAUGAGCCAAAAUCAAAGCCAAGACGCCAAGGUUCAGAGGCUAGAAGAAGAACUGCGACUCAGGGAACAGCAGAUAUAUGAGCUGCAAUUACAACAAAGCUUGAGCCAUCAAUCUCCAUUGCAGACAUCAUUAAGCCCAGCACCGAGUCAUGUCGAUGUAUCGUCGCCAUUAUGCAACGAGUUUCAGCUUUCGGGCAAUUCACAAUUCGACCAGCAAGAUGGAACCUCGAGAAGAAAGUCGAUCCCACGAAGCAUCGUGAUCCCUCAUGGCGCAUUGCAAGGUCGCCAUAGCCUCCCAAUCACCCCACACUCUGCCAUAUUGCCCUCUCAAGCUACUAAGCGACCGAGGACCUGGUCUCAUCAAGUUCUUCCCACGCAUCAAAUGCAGCGCAGCCAGUCGAACCUGUCCACUCAGUCCGCCAGCCCUUUCGUCUGCAAUGGUCCCGUGACGCCGCCGCCCAAGUCAAAUCUUUCUGGCCAGCGGCCGCGCAAUGGUCCUAUGCUCAACUACCUGAACCAAGAAGAGUCCGUCAACUCCUACCCGACCAGCCAGCCCAGGAUGAUUCGUUCGCAGUCCACCCGGACAAGGCCAUUGUCUGCCAUGAUUGGCAUGCCCACAGUUGCCGAAUCAAGGUUAAUGGAUCCCGAGACCUAUUUUGCCAAUUUUCAACAGGACUACGAAGAUCCAGGUGUCUCAGUACUCAGCACCUCCAUGCCGACGAACCAGAUGCACUUCAACACGGACAUGCCUGCUUGGAUCGCAUCCAACGCAUCCGUGUGCGACUCCAUGACCACUGGCUUGACCCCCAACACGGCACCAAUGACGCGGGAAAACAGCAGCUUGUUUGACAAUCAGUCCGUCGGAGGUGCGAUGCACAUGAUGCAGCUUGGCUCGUACCAAGGCACGGACAUGUCACAACUUGACAGCCCGUUGUAUUCCAAUCUUGGCAGCGGCCAGAACUCGCCUUUGUGCAACCGUGCUGCGUUAAGCGAAGAGGACUUGAACGGUGUAGGCUAUAGCCUGAACGAAUCCUUUCUCAGCCCAUCAGGCCAGCAUGCUUCAAUUGGAGAGACACCCACCUCUCAGGAAAUGUCGCGAUCGGCUUCCAACACUAGCAUCAAAUCCACAUCAUCUCUGAGUUAUCGCGCAAGAGAAACACUCCGCAAGCAAAACGAAAGAAAGACACUGCUGAAGCCUAAGCCAUCUGCCGAUGCUAGAGACACAGACGGUCUGUCUAACAAGAAGGAUGGGAAGGCGGUUAUUAGCAAAGCCAAAUAUGUCCGACCUCGCCAACCCAAGGUCUUCUGCGACAAGUGCACAGAGCACCCAGAUGGCUUCAGAGGAGAGCACGAGCUUCGCCGCCAUCGUGAUGCUAAGCAUCCCGAGCGUGGUAUGGUCAAAAAGUGGAUUUGCAUCGACCCGACCACACGCGGAUUGCCCAUCAACGUCGCCGUCGUCAAUCCUCUUGACAAGUGUAAGGCUUGCAAGGCUGCCAAGAAGUACGGCGCUUACUACAAUGCCGCCGCCCACCUGCGUCGCACCCACUUCAAAGAAAAACCAUCUCGCGCCAAGAAGAGCAACGGCGGCUCGCGUUCCGACGACGACAAGCGUGGCGGCAAAGGUGGAGGUGAUUGGCCUCCUAUGCAGGAGUUGAAGAAUUGGAUGAAAGAGGUUUGGGUGGGCAGAGACGAAUCCAAGACCGACUCUGACGAGGAUAACGAAGAAGAGGGCGGCAGUGAACCUUCGGCUGAGAUGGACAUUGACCUCGACAACGACAUAAGCCAACCCCCAAUCGAUUACUCCAUGCCACAGAAUGCUACCGGAAACAUAAUGUCGGGUAUGAACUAUGCCAGCCUCUACGCUGCUGGACAGUUGCCUCUGGAUACCAACAUGAUGCCACUUUGGAGCAGCCAUCAGCUCAUUUCCUCUGCCAACUUCUCCGACUACUCAUGCUCACCCAUGAGCCCCACGUUCCCGUACAUGACAUCCAGUCAAGUUCCACAAUAUGGGAGCGUCAUUUCUAGCAACGACACUGUCACACCUGUUCUAAACAACUACGAAGGCAUGAACAACGGCGGCGAUUUUCAACUCGAAGGCAUGUACCACCAGUGACUCCCGCCGCAGUUUAUUUCCCCACGACCACGACGAAAUUUCUUUUGACCUUGUCGUACACAACCAGGAGACUGAGGCAAAAAGGCAAAAAAAAAAAAAGAAAAAAAAAAAGAUUUAACCCGACUUUGGUGGGAUGA